UCCUAGUCCCGUGCCGAGAAAUCCGAGAUCUCUAUCUCUCUCUCUCUCCCCUCAAAAAACCAAGAAACUCCGGUAACCCCCACUCACGAAAACUUCCCAAGAAAUGGCGACCGGACCGUCGCCGAAAUGGGAUAUCAGCCAUGCAAACGGAGAGGGGAAAACAGCGUCGGUAAUCACCGUUAGAAGCGUUCUUGAAAAGAUAAUGAAGAACCUCAACGAAUCCGAUACAAGGCCAGUCGUCCCUCUCGGCCACGGCGACCCGUCGGCGUUUCCGUGCUUUCGGACCACCCUUGCGGCCGAGGACGCCAUUGUUGACGCCGUUCGAUCUGCUAAGUUCAACUGCUACGCUCCCGCCGUUGGCAUUGAGCCAGCCAGGAGGUCUAUUGCAGAACAUCUCUCUCGCGAUCUUCCGUAUAAGUUAUCACCGGAUGAUGUUUACCUCACUGCUGGUGCCAAUCAUGCAAUUGAAGUCCUUGUAACAGCCCUGGCUCGCCCCGGUGCCAAUAUAUUACUUCCAAGACCUGGAUAUCCACUAUACGAAGCUCAUGCUUCUUUUAGUCAACUUGAAGUUCGGCACUUUGACCUUCUACCAGAAAAGGGUUGGGAGGUUGAUCUAGAUUCCGUUGAAGCCCUUGCAAAUGAUAGAACUGUUGCCAUGGUCGUCAUUAACCCUGGAAAUCCUUGUGGGAAUGUUCUCACGCUCGAACAUAUGAAGAAGAUAGCAGAGACUGCAAGAAAGCUUGGGAUAUUACUGAUUGCGGACGAAGUUUAUGACCAUCUAGCUUUUGGGAGUAACCCUUUUGUGCCUGUGGGAGUAUGUGGACCAAUCACACCAGUUCUUACAAUUGGUUCUAUGUCAAAGAGAUGGAUUGUUCCAGGAUGGAGACUUGGUUGGAUAGUGACAAAUGAUCCCACCGGCAUCCUUCAAAGAUCUGGGAUUGUCCAGGCCUUGAAGAGCUAUCUCAACAUCACUGCGGACCCUACAACCUUUGUUCAGGGAGCAGUAACUCAGAUUCUCAACAACACAACAGAGGAUUUUUUCUUGAAGAUUAUAAAUACACUCUGUGAAUCUGCAAAUAUCUGUUAUGAUAGACUCAAGGAGAUCCCUUGUAUUACUUGCCCUCACAAAGCGGAAGGAUCUAUGUCUACCAUGGUGAAGCUAAAUCUUCCGUUAUUGGAAGACAUCAGCGAUGAUAUGGAUUUUUGUGUCAAGCUUGCUAAAGAGGAAUCUGUCGUGGUUCUGCCAGGGUUUGUCGUGGGACUAAAGAAUUGGCUCCGCGUAACGUUCUCUGUUGAGCCAUCAUUGCUUGAAGAUGGGCUUGGGAGGAUAAAGGCUUUCUCCUUGAGGCAUGCCAAGAAGAAAUGAGGGUCCCUUUGCCCUUGGGUCACGGUGUUCAGUCACGGUUGAUCCACAAAAUGCAAGUGCACAUUCGAUUUUGCACUAGGUUUAAUGGUGCUAUUCAUGUGGAACCUUUCCCCAACACUUCCUUUUAACUCUAUCUCUGAAACAGUUAUUGGUGCGUGUUUCAUUUGACAAUGGUUUAGCCGGUUACAUUUUCUUCUUUCAUGUUAUUCCUCUCUCUCUC